GGAGUCGGUGAACGGCUCGAAGGACGAAGACGGAUCGGACGUCGCUUCAACUCUGAGCGGCCUGCUCGCCGGUCUUCCGACCUUGGCGGGCCCCCAACGCCUCGCCAAUUCCCUUAGGCAGAAGUUCGCCAGUAACUCCGGUUACCCCCGGCCCGGCCUGAUGCGCGCCGCCCCUAUCGCGACGAUCUCCUCGUCACGCUCGCUUCCCGAGGUCGCACGACUGGUGACCGCGGUUAGUCUCACCCGUUAAGACACAAAUACAGAAAAAAGAGCGGAAGAGAACUCUGGUCGCUCCGUGAGCGGCCACUUAGAGAACAUCAUGACGACGAUACCGAUACUCAACAUGAAGUUCGGCGAGCUCAAGGAGAUCGUCUGGACGAAGCUGCAGGAGCCCAAGGCUCAGCGCAAGCUGAUUCUCGUCAUCGUCUCCGUGGCACUGCUGCUGGACAACAUGUUGUACAUGGUGAUAGUGCCGAUCAUACCGGACUAUCUCAAGUACGUGGGCGCGUUUGGACCGGAGGAGGAAACGACCAACAGCACCGAUUCUCCUCCGGGCCAUCACGGCCAGGACUCCGCUACCGGGAUACUGUUCGCAUCGAAGGCAAUCGUGCAGUUGAUGGUUAACCCAUUUUCCGGCGCGUUGAUCGACCGGAUCGGCUACGACAUACCUAUGAUGAUCGGUCUUUGCAUCAUGUUCCUGUCAACCAGCGUGUUCGCGUGCGGCAAAAGCUAUAGCGUGUUGUUCUUCGCGAGGAGUCUGCAGGGCGUCGGCUCCGCAUUUGCCGACACCGCCGGUCUCGCCAUGAUCGCUGAUCGUUUCACGGAGGAGUCAGAACGUUCGAAAGCACUCGGCAUCGCCCUAGCAUUUAUUAGUUUUGGCUGUUUGGUCGCGCCGCCAUUCGGCGGCGCCUUAUAUCAAUUUGCCGGCAAGGAGGUGCCGUUCCUGAUACUGGCGUUUGUCAGCUUAGCGGAUGGCUUCAUGCUGCUACUGGUGAUGAAGCCUAUCAAAGAGCAGUUACGGGAACGCCGCGAACAAGCGCCCAAGUCGACGAUACCGAUCUGGCGGUUGCUAAUAGAUCCGUACAUUGCCGUAUGCGCGGGCGCUCUGAUGAUGUCCAACGUCGCGCUGGCCUUCCUCGAGCCGACCAUCUCGUUAUGGAUGGAAGAUACAAUGACUCACGAUAACUGGAAGAUCGGUAUGAUAUGGUUACCGGCCUUCUUCCCGCACGUACUCGGCGUGGUAAUCACCGUGAGGAUGGCAAAGCAGUAUCCGCAAUAUCAGUGGCUGAUGGCGGCCGGCGGCCUCGCACUCGAAGGUCUCUGUUGCUUCAUCAUACCGUUCUCCACCUCGUACAUAGUGCUGAUGAUACCGUUGUGCGGCAUCUGCUUCGGCAUCGCCCUUAUUGACACCGCACUGCUACCCACGCUAGGCUACCUGGUAGAUGUCAGAUAUGUAUCGGUCUAUGGCAGCAUCUACGCGAUUGCUGAUAUCUCGUAUAGCGUAGCGUACGCGGUUGGUCCAAUCAUUGCUGGCGGCGUGGUCGAGGCAAUCGGUUUCACCGCGCUCAACAUCGGCAUUGCCUUCUCGAAUCUUCUUUACGCGCCGGUGCUCUAUUAUCUACGGCACAUCUACGAUUUCAAGCCGUUCCAAGAUGAAGCGAACGUGCUGAUGCAGGAUCCACCCGACAAGGAAUAUCAGACGUAUGUGCUACAGGAGCAACGGCCGAUUAGCGGCGAGAUCGGUAACCACCUGAAUCAGACGCGCAUGGAGACAAACGUCGACCAGGGCUACGAUCAAAAUUACCAGACGCCCACGCAGACCGGCUACGGCGGCUACGGCGCACAGAACGCGAACAUUGGCUACGCUCAAUCCGCGCACGAACAACCGCCAGUCUACAAUCAACCGCCGGUUUACAAUCAACCACCGGCAAGCUACGGUCAACCCGGCGACUACGGCCAGCAGAGAAAUUACGCGGUCGACCAGGAGCGGGUGGGAGGUCAGGUCGAUGUGAAUCCCUUCAGAAGACAGCCGGAUGUAGAUCAACGACCGGCCGGAGAUAGCAAUCCCUUUAGGCAAGGAAUGUAUUAAGAGUCAUGGCCGUCGCCGCCGGUGUCGUCCACGUAUCCAACGAUCGCUCGAAAGUGUGCGUUCGAGAGUCUUCGAGACAGGCUUCCACAACUUAACGGCAAAGAAUUGACAUCGUUGUAAGGCAGCUCGGCGAGAUCCUCCUCAGGAGCGACGGCGAUCGGGACUCUCGAUCAGCCUGCGGGGGUUCGCCGCUCCGAUCGCUUUGUCGGGGAUGAUACAGGGGCAACGACUUCCAGAGUGAUUUUCUCGGACUGUCGCGGAAGGUCAUCCUCGCGAAUGGUGAAUCCUGACGGUCCUAGGAUCCGUUUCGUGUGCGGUAUCGGCACAAAGAAGAGAAAGAGAGAAAAUGAAAAACGUUUCUGAUGGUGCAAGAUAUGUCGUUGAAAGACUGAGAAACGACGGUUGGUAUAGAAAAUACUUGCCGGAAAUGAGAAUAAGGACCUCGAGGAAGACGAGUAAUCGCAACAUCGAAAUAAAAUUAAAGUGAAAAGGAAGAGAAAUGUAUCGGUGCUAUG